UCACACGUGCUUCCUCCUCCCAAAAACCAUCUCACACGUGCCAUCUCUCACCCAUACAACUCCCUUUCCUUUCUGUGGUGCAACAAAUAAAAGUUAGAGAGAGAAAGUAAACUCGUGUGGAACCAAUCUCUAUAUAGAGACGCACAAAAAGAAAAUGAGAUAAUAAAACUAAAAGCAUAAAACUUUUUUCCUCUUGGUCUUGCCCAUGUAGUAAGUAGAGACUAAAUGGGUUCAGAGUUUCAAUCUUGUUUUUUUCUUCUUUCUAAAAACCUCAAAACCCAAAGAUCGCAUCUUUCUUUAAACGAUCUCUUUUAUUUAUAUUAAGAGACUGAAUCUCGUGAGUUUGUUGCUGUGUUUAUCAGUGUUUUUAAUUGUUUUCAAUCUUGCACCGAUGAGGAUCCGUAAACGACAGGCUAUUUUCUCUUCUUCCGAGUCUAUUUCAUCUCUGCAUCUCUCAGAUCUUAACCAGUUUAACCGGUCACCGGUGAUGGUGCAACUCAGCGACGGUGCUCAUGCUCACACACAAGGAAAACCUUGUUCUUCUUCAACUUCGUUGCUUGUUUCAGCUGCUUCGAGCUUGGACCUUUAUCAGCCGUCGGAUCAAACACUCCCACUGAUCGGGAAACUAAACAACGGCUACGAUUAUCCAUCCACCAUCCAACUAAGUGGGGUACACAAACACCACAACAAGCAACACCCUUUGGAUGAGAAGGUUAGAGGGGAAGAGAAAGAGAUUGGAAACUCUGGAGAGAACAAAAGUAAUCAUAUCAGCAAACUAGAUUUCUUGGUUGAUUCGCAUCAAGUAUUGCCAUCAUCAACUACUUUUCCUCAAGAUGGGAGAUGGUGUGAGGGAGAGAAAGCUAUUCCAUUAAAGAAAAGGAAAGGAAGGUUGGAGAAUGUUGGUAUGGAGAGUAAUGGUAGUAAGAAAACAAAGAGUAAGAUCAUGAAGACCAAGUUGAAUAAGAAAUGUUAUAUGAGAAAAGACGUCGAUGGAGAAGAUGAAGAAAGCGAGAAAAAAAUGGAUAAUAUUAAGAAGAGGGUGACAAAAAGGGGAAGUGCACUGAUGGAAGGUUCGCGGUGCAGUCGUGUUAAUGGAAGAGGAUGGCGGUGUUGUCAACAGACACUUGUUGGUUAUUCUCUUUGUGAGCAUCAUUUAGGGAAAGGAAGGUUGAGAAGUAUGACAAGUGUUCGAAAUAGAUCUAUUGGAGUUUCUACUACUACUUCUAUUACUGCACCAAACAAUGUUGUUGAUAGAGAUACUAGUGCUUCUUCAUCUUCUAAUUAUGAUCUUGUAAAGAAAAAUACUUCUGGGAAUGAUAGUGUUGAUAAGUUGAACAAUGAUGAUGAUGAUGAGAAGAAGCCAGUGAUGAUGAUUAAGAAGAGAAUGAAACUCGGAAUGGUUAAAGCACGAUCUAUGAGCAGCUUAUUGGGACAGACAGACAACAAGGUUGUUGUAGUUGACCAGAAUAACAAGUAAGACUCAAGAUUACUUGUAUUCAUAUUUUGGUGCUAGAACUACGUUUUAUAUAUUCAACUUUGCCUGUGCUUUAAUUUGUAAGCUGUUAUGUGGUAUAAUAAAAUAUAUUAUUAUUAUUAUUAUUAUUUUCUUAAUAUGAAUGAUGCUAUUAUUUUGUGUUA